GGGGCCCGCAGACCGCACCGCACCUCGCCUUCCCGCCGCCGUUCAACCCGCCCGGCCAGUCCCCUGCCUCCGCGCUCCCGCCAUGGCCUCUCUGCAGCAGUUCGUGGGGAAGUGGUGUCUAGUGGACAGCAAGCUCUUCGAGGAGUACAUGAAGGAGCUGGGUGUGGGGAUGGCCUUGCGCAAAGUGGGCGCCCUGACCAAGCCGGACGUCUAUAUCACCGUCGAUGGCGACAAUAUCACCAUCAAGACCGAGAGCACCAUGAAGUCCAGUCAGUUCUCCUGCAAACUGGGGGAGAAGUUUGAGGAGACCACAGCGGACGGCAGGAAAACGCAGACAGUUUGCACCCUUGUGGACGGGGCCCUGGUCCAGCACCAGAUGUGGGAUGGGAAAGAGAGCACGAUCACCCGGAAGAUUAAAGACGGAAAACUGGUGGUGGACUGUGUCAUGAACAAUGUGACCUGCACCAGGACCUAUGAGAAAGCACAGUAAGGAGACCCCGCUCCCUCCCCAGGACAGGCACCGGCUCAGUUUGCUCAGUUUAAUGAGCAAAAUCUUCCCCGUGGCCCCUGCUGACGGCCUUGGCCCGAGGAGAUCGGUUGUGUGCGAUUGUAUUCAAGGCACCUUGGACCCGGAGUGUGUGGCUAUUUUUUCAAUAAAGAACAAGGUUGUUGUGA